GAUGCCAGCGCCUGGCGGUGCUGGGCGCCGCGCUGCUGGCAGUGGCCGGCGUCGCCGGGGUGGCAGUGGCCGAGCUGGGUAACCACGGAGCCCCGGCGCCCUCUCCAAGCCCUGCGCCUUCCACAACUCCGGCGCCGCCCCCGCCACCGCCGCCGCCGCCACCGCCCCCGCCGACUCCGACCAAAGCGUGGCAGUGCAAGAGCAGCCUGGACUUUGGAGAGAUCGUGAAGGCCGAUCAGAAGGGCUUGGCCGUGGAUGAUACCACCUACCAGCACUGCACCUCCAAGAUUCCUGGGCUGUGGCCCAACGCGAAGACGAACCUCAGCUCCUUGCGUCUCUUCAAGGCUUGGGACCCCAACUGGCCGGACGACCAGCGCGAGGCGGCGUGGAAGGCGCUGAAGGCCACGGUGGAGGCCUCCGACGCCAAGGUCUUGGUGGGCACCCAGGUCACCUGCAACGAGACGGAGGACGACCAGGACUGGAGCCAGGUCCUAAAGCUGCUGCAGAUCCUGGGACGGGACCACGUCAUGGGCGUGGCGGUCGGCAAUGAGAUGGAGCUGCUGCAGUUCAAGAACCCCAAGCUGGUGCCCCCGGACUGCAUCAAGAACAUCUGGCCAGGGGGCUACUUCUACAGAAAGCUCACUGAUCGGGUGGCUGACCUGAAGACGCUCGCGACCUUCGAAGACGUUCCCAUCACCAGCGUCUUCGGAGGUUACAUCAUGGCUGGGAGCCCCUUCGUGAACACGCCGGGGGCGAUGGUCCUGUCCUUCUUGAAGAAUGUGACCAAGGAUCUGGGCACGAGAUGGGUCUACACGCUGAACGUCUAUCCCUACUUCGACCCCGGCAAUCGCCUGGAUGUCAACAGCACCACAACCUGCAAGGAGAGUCUCAAGAAGGCUCUAUGCAUGGAGCCGGACUGCCUUCUGCCCGCGACCACUGCGGCCUUGCGCCAGCGCAUGAAGCUGUUGAGCGGCAGUCAGGAGGACAAACUCUGGCUGGGCGAAACAGGCUGGUCCUAUCCGCAGGACGCCGCUUCCGCCCGGAAGAUCCGAGCGAGGGCUCAAGCAGAUUCUUCUUCCUUGGCCAUGUCCUUGGCCAUGCACGCGCCGAUUCUGCCGAUCUCGAUGAAAGAGCUCCAGGCGAAUGAGACGUUGGAUAUGGACCGACAACCCAAGGAUGUGAACACCCCCCCGGUCUCUCCUACGCUGCUGCAGACUCGUUUCCGCACGCCGGAGCGAAACUUUCUGCUGCCGGUUGAGGAGUUCAAUGAAGAUGCCAACUUGGAGAAAGCGCCCAAAGAGGUAGCGCUGGAGAAAAGUAUUGCAUCGCCCCAAGUGCAAUCGACGGAGAGGGAAAAGAGGAUUGGUUCGCCCUCGGGCUUUGCUUUGGAAGAGGUCCAGCUUGACAAGGAGCAGGCCAUCGCAUUGCAAGAGGCGAUGAUGACAGCCUUCAACGCACCGCUUUUUCAAAGGCAGCUGCACGAGAAGCAAAGCAAUGCUGACUUCCGGAGGAACCGUGUACAGUUAGUCAGGAAGACUCAGCUGGCAGUCAUCGCGUCCUUUGGCUUCCCAGGCACCUUGGAGGGCGUUGAGCAGAUGCUCAGGGCCUUCCGAACCUUCAAAGAGGAUCCAGACAUUCAAGUGAACGAGGCGGCCAUCAGUGCCCUUCUGUCGCCUCAAGAGACGGAGGAGUCGAGCAACUGGGCCCAGGCGUGCACCAAGCCCAGCAACAAGCUCCGGGUGAUGGAGCUGUUGCGAAAGCUGCUCAAGGAGUUCAGCGCAGCUGCCUUCCAGGUGGAGGUCGAGGAGUUGAAGCGUGUGGCCAACUACAACUCCAGGAGGGUCUUUGAUGUGAAGCUGGGCGACGUCAACUUCGAAGAUCCCGAGGGCUACUUCGAGCUGGAAGGCCGAGAGGACUUGGUGCUUGCGACACAGUCGUCGGUUCUGUCCAGCUUCGGCUUCCACGGUGAGGGUUUGCAGGCGGUGCUGCAGCACUGCGCGCCCUUCUUCCGCGACCCGGAGGUGGCGGAGCUCUUGGAUUCGGUGAACGCCAAGUUGGGAAUGUCCCCCUCCGCCUGCCGGCGUUUUCGUGCGGCGACGAAAGACCCGUGA